AUGGUAUCAUCCAGGGAAGGCACCACAGAUAACUACACCAUCUGUUCGACUUGUGUGAACAGACAGGUCUCAUCAUUGCCUCCACGUUCAAGAGAAAUCAUCGACACCAAAUGGAGGGUGAGGACUCUCAAACUUCGGCUCGACUUUCUUACGAGGAACACCCCUCAGUCGGGUAUCCGAAGGGCCAGAGCUAUUUGGGACGUUGCUUUUGACUCUGAUCACCGUCCAUUUGGUGACGAUGAUUUCUUCUCAGUCUCAAGAUACGGUUCCAAAAGAGGAACCGAGGAGUACCUCUUCAACUGA